GCGGAUAUUGUGCUAAUGCAAUAUGGCGGCCGAGAAGAAGGCUUUGUCUGUUUUGAUAAAAGCUUGGAAAGAAAGAUGGACGCCGCUUCAAUGGCUGGUAGAGAUAAGAAAAACAGGUGACAACAAAUGCCACAGAGGGCUUGCCGAAUGUCUCAUUCAGCAGUCUACGUUUGGCAGCACCCCAAACUCACUCAUUCUCUCCUAUUUACAACACGGGAUCACAGCGGAGCUGAUUCCUUGCUCAGACACACUCAUAGCUAUCCAACAGUUUCAAAACAUCAAUAAGCAUAGAUGCCUUACUGCUCUUCUAAACUUGAUGUUGGGAUUUGUUCCUAAUAUGAGCUGUCCAAAUGAUGAAGAAGAAAGCCUGAAGCUUGCUGUUGCCAUGUUAAAGGCUGUGUAUUGGCUGCUUAUAGUAGCCAUCAACUUAUUAAAGCUAGCCAGAGAGGCUGCAAGAGAUAAUGAUGUGAUGAUGCAGUACCACAUCAACAACACCACUAAGUGCCUCAAGGUGUUUGCGUACAUGAUGGGCUCGGCUACCUACAAGAGCUUAAUCAUUGUCGGCAAGAUGGAGGAACAGGCUAUUGCUGCAGAGCUUGAUUGCCAAUUCCAGGCUCUUAUGAAGGAGUAUUUUCUCCUUACCCAGUCUGAAGGUGCAAUACCUGAGAUCCAAAUGCACAUCAAAGAUCUCAUGAUCAACUUUAACAGAUUGCACAAUCUAACCCCCAUGAACGGGUGCAGUGACCGCACCCCUGGGCCACUCCCUAACCUAAUGGUCCAAACCAUUAUCCAACUACAGAACACUGUUUAUCCUACUGACACACCAGAGCAACUUGCUGAUGUUUUAGAAUCACUUUUGAAAGUGCAGAACAUCACAAGAUACCAGUUGUAUCUUGAGUCAAUCCGUGCUGCACUGGUUGGCCUCUUGGCGGCUGAUUCAACAUCUAUGCAGGAAUCCCUGUGGACAGGCUUUUUCAUUUUCAAAUUACCCAAGGUUUUCAGUCUUCUGGAGUCUAGGCUACAGAGCCAAGCCCAGGUAACCCCAGGCAACGAACACGGCACAGUGCUAGCAGUCCUACAGCAACUGAAGAACUUUACUCCAUUACUCAACGAGGUGGAUCAGAAAUGCAGCUGUGAUAUCUUUGGUGAGUUCAUUCACCAGUACUCUAAGUAUGCCCCACCGCAAGUUGCAGAUAGGCUUCAACAGAUCGCUGAUCAGCGGGAGUCCCUCAUGGAUGAAGAAUCUUCCCCAGGGGGAGCUACAUAUCAACCAGUCAGACUACUCAUAGAUGCUGAAACCAGAGUUAGGGAUGUGCUUCAGGUACUAGAAGCCCCAUCUCGGUCUAUGGAUGACAAGUUUCUGACACAGCUAAGCUCAUUGUUCAGUUUGAUGCACUCUCGUUGGAAGAUGGUAGCAGUUGCCAGUAUGGGGCGGAUGCAGGGGAUGGUCGCUGGACUAAUAAGAAUCACUAAAGAGACAGAGCACCCAAGUGACGAUGACGAGGACAUGAAGUCAUCCGAACUGCGAGGGGAUCUCUUUAAUGCUGCCUUUAUUAUACUGUGCCACAUCGGCCAAGUCUUUGGAAGAAAGGUAAUCGUGGAUGCCGCACGAGCUUAUGGUCUGGAGCAAGCGUUUGUAACGCGCUGGAUAUCGUCGCACAUUCCCGAGUGUGAUAAAUCACGCACGUUCUCCCCCGAUGCCCAACACAAACCAGACCCGGCAACUGUCACGCUCCUUCUUCAACAAUUCUUUACCAAGGGACCAUUCACCGGUGAGGCUCGCUGGGACAAGUUGUGCCUGGAUGUACCCAACGCUAUGCACGAGAUGCUCAAAGCCGCACAGUUCGAAUCCCAAGGCGCCUCUCCCGAAAUCGUACAGAAAUUAUGCGAGAGCAUCAAGUAUGAGGUCCCCGCCUGGGCUAUCUGCAUCUGUGCGUGGUGUUGCGGCCACACAAAUGCGCUAAGGAUAGAAGAGCGAGAAUUCCUGACGGGGGAGGGGGAGAGGGGAGACGAGAGGCCUGUUAACCCAGGGCUGCUUGGGUAUCUAUUGACGCCCAUGAACCCAAAAGGACUUCCUCAAACCUUCACAGACAGAUGCUCCAUGAUGCUUGCCGUGAUGCGAGAGAUGGUGGUCAGUAUAGAGCGCAAAGAUGACAAGCACAGCGAAGAAUCCCUUGUUCCACCUAAUUCCACAGUGUCCAAGGCCAUGAGUGAGUUGCUCGUGGAAGUCGUGAAGAGCAAGAGCCUCGAUAUUCACCGACUCCACAAGUUCAAGCGCUUCCUCAUCUUAGGCGGACCGCGGUGGUUCUGCCGAGUCAUCAUCAAGGAGAUGCUGGCACUCACGAGGCAAGAGGACAUGAAUACUGCAGCGGACGUGGGGAGCUGUCUAAUGUUUCUCGAUGCCGAUGAGCUGAUUCCUGCGUUACUCUGUCACGCAAUCCCCACUUGCCUGCGUCACGGCAGGGCUAACGUUCUCCUUCAAGACCCCAAGGGCCAGGGCCUGGCUCGUCUCGCGGCGCACACUUUGGAGCUGGGAUGGGUGCGUCAGUAUGGAUAUGACAGAGAGCGCGGGAACAACUGUGAUAUCGCUCAGCACAGUCCUUCGAAAAUGCAGAAGAUGGACACGAAUAGCUCGGGCCAGUCCUCCUCGGUAGUGCAGGAUGCUUUAGUGUUAUUUUGCGAGGAGCUUGUCGCUGUGGUAGGUGAGUACAAGGUGGGACCAGUCGCCGGCGUCUUACGAGCUUUUCUGCAGCAGACUGCCAACUGUACGAAUCACGUGACUGGCCCUGUACUCGCCUGCUUGCCCACGCACUUGACUCAGAAGCUGUUACAGCUCGCUCCUGUCGUUUGCUCUUCGCCUGACGUCAUCCUAGGCAUCUGCAGCAUGCAGAACACUGAAGGACGCAAGCUGUGCGCGGGAGUCCUGUGUCAGGGAUUACACAGCGAGACUAGAUAGCACGGACUGUCUUUUGAGUGUCACGUGAUAGCAGAUAACACGGAUACAGUAUCACGGCCACGUAGGACAAGAUAACACAGAUUCAUAGAGAGUGACAUGAUACCCUGAGUCCAGUGAGCAAUGAAAUGUGUGUCACGUUGGACAAGGAAGCAUGGACAUGUAGUAUGAAGCGUCGUGUUGGGAGGGGUUUUGUGAGAGUAAAGUGUACUCUUGGUUAAGCCGAAGAUUAUCGUGUAAAUAUUGUACGAAAAAUAAAUAGAUUAUCACAGCUUAUGCGCUGUGUCUGGACUCUACAUAGAAAUAGCCUACUUGUAGGCUUUGAUAGUUUUUCCUGCACGAAAACCCCGAAAACACAAAGGCGGCCGUGGUAUGUGAACUUCGUGUUUUCGGGGUUUUCAUGCCGGAAAAAUGGAACAAUCGUUUUAACAAUGUAAACAAUAAUUGAAUAUUGAAUAUACGCAUCAUCUAUUUUACCAAUGAAUAACAGUAUUACUAA